AUGGAGCCCGACUGGGUGCCGGGGACGCAGCUGCUCGUGUCGUUCGUCAGUGAUCCUGGCUUCAGACACGAGCGUGUCAUUGUCUGGCCGUGCCACGAGGACUCGUGGGUCGUGUACACCGGGGGCGGCGAUCUGUAUGUGGAGGAGGAGAAGGAUUCGUCGAAGGUGUACCUCAUGACGGCUGGUCAGCCGCCCAGGUCGUUGCCAGACGAUGGGGCCAAGGUGGUGCAGUUCGCGAGGUUCCCGACGGAUGACGAGCUGAGGGGUCUCAUCGUGGAGGCGCGCUCGGAGGUGACGGCGCUGCGGCGGGCCGAGCCCGAUCGUGUCGUGCCGCCAGACCCCCUCUACUUUCUGUCGGAGGACGGUCGGCGCUACCCGCUCGUACGCCACCGGCUGCAGGGCAAGCAGGUCGGCCGUGCUGCCCCGCUGGGCGAUGCGGCGGCCGCCGACGGGGGCGCGGGCGCGCCACCGCCGCUGGCGGCUGGCCCAGGUAGCUCGGCGGACCAGAAGGACGGGGCCAUGGUCGGCGGCGAUCAGGCGCAUCGCUGGGUCAUCAGCGAGCCCGGCCUCGUCUGGGAGCUGGGCACACUGGUGGCGCACGGACGGGUGAGGGCGAGGCUGGACGAUCGCGGCGUGGCUGACAUCAACGGGAAUGCGGUCCUUGUUCAGCUCGUGCCCGAGGAGGAGGUCGGGGACUACGCAGCAAUGAAGGCCUCUGCUUUCGAGCUCGCGAUUCGAGAUGCCAGCGGUGUGCCCACCGAAUUCGGUCGCCGCGUCGGCAUCGUGCCGACCGAGGAGCGCGGCGCGGCGACGCCGGUCCCAGCGGCUGCCGAGUGGCUGCCGACGCCGUCGCUGCUGGUGGUCUUCCUGCCGCUGGACGCGGCGCCCCUGUCGCUGCCGCGUGACGUCUCGUCGGCCCCGGCCGUGGGAUCAUUGGUCACGGGGCGCGCCCUCGAGUACCUGGUAGAGGCAGAGGGGCAGAUGAUCAGGGCCGAUGCUGAGACCCAGCUUGACCGUGAGACAAAUGGCGAAAUCGAGAUUUUCACCGACCCGCUGCUCGCAAACAGCCGGCGGCGCUAUUCCACGUUCGUGAAGGACUUGAGGCGCAAGGGGCUGGCGGGCUUCACUCGCGAACCCACGGAGUUCGUGGGUGUGUUCUUUGUAUGGGGGAAGGAGCGCGCCUCCAUGGGGAUGGCGAUCGACUGUCGCCGCUCGAACCAGCGAUUUGUUACCCCGCCUGGCGUGGAUCUACUGUCAACUGAAGGACUUGGGCGGAUCGAGUGCGAGGCGGAGAAGGCCGACGCGUUGCCCAUCUUUUUGGGCAAAGCUGACGUGAAGGACUGUUUCCACCGCGUGCUGUUCGGCAGUCACCUGUCCAAGUACUUCUGCUACCCGGGGGGGAUGGCCAAGGACUACCUCUGGCCUUGCGCCCUUGCGCUCCCCAUGGGCUGGACGUGGUCACUAUGCUUUGCCAAAGUUGCCAACCUGGGCAUGGUGGAGAGGGCGCCCGCCGUCGCGUCGAGCCGCGUGGCAACCGACCGCGGGCCCCCUAUCGUGCUGGCGCCCUCCUCUUCUUGGCACUACGUCUAUGUGGACAACGUGGGGCUCCUCUCGUUGGAUGCCGCCUGCGUCAAGGGGGCGCUCGCGGACGCCACCGAGGCCUUUGAUGCCGCGGGCCUCAUCAUGCAUGACAUCUCAGUGGCCUGCGAGACCGCCGAGGCGCUAGGUGUGACUCUGGAUGGCCAGAAGCGCCAGACCCUCGUCACUCAUCGCCGCUACUGGAAGGUUCGACUUGGGCUCCGGGGGCUCGAGGUUCUGCUCGGCCACUGCGCGUUCGUCGGCCUCAUGUGCCGGGAGACGCUGUCCGCGUGGCACGCCGUGUGCACCUUCAUCCGCGAGCGGUACUGGGCAAAGAGCGACGUGUGGGACUCCGCGCGCCGCGAGCUCGAGUGCUUCCUUGGGCUGAUGCCGCUCCUGCGUUCUGAGUGGGAUCGGCCGUGGCUCCCGCAGGUACUUUCGGUGGGCGCCAGCCUGCGCGGCUGGGGGAUCGCUAGCUCCAGGCUCGGGGCGUCGGGCUACCUGCUCGCGCUAGCGCCCUUGCUGCGGCUGGCUUCGCAUGCUCAGCUGCCGCCGAUCGAACGGGGCCCCUCGGACGUUCAGGAGGCCGGGGUCUGGGAGAUGCGCGAGGAUUUCCCUGAGAUCCCCGGGGGCCUCCUUCGCGGGGAUUGGUGGCGUCUGAUUUUGCAUGGUAAGUGGGCCUACUCCGAGGAUAUCCAGAUUCUCGAGGCCCGCGUCCUGGUCAAAGCU